AUGAGCCUGAAGAUCCCCGACGCUCUGCUCCCGUCCUGCGCUGCCUGCAGUGCAAUCGACGGCACAUUGGGGAAUGCCUCCCAGCCUGUCUGCAUUGUGCCGAAAGGCACAUUGGCGAUUGCCACCCGCCCUGCUCAGUCUGCCGCAAGCGCCAUCUUGGCGAAUGCCGUGUUCGGUGUCCUCGGUGUGGCCCCGCUGCCAAUCAUCCUCGUUGGAGCUGCCCUCGCCAGCGUCCAACCCAUAGACGAAGACAACCUCCACCUACACCUGUGGCUCCACGCACACUACCCCCGCCUUACCUUCCCUCGCCCUGGCCUGCCGUAG